AUGAGGCGUGUGAUGACUUGUCAACUGAUUUUGCAUGAUGUACCUGAAAAUACAGAACUGGGCAUCGAUUUGAAGUUCUGGAAAAUCGGGAAAUGCUUUAAAGGUAUCAAGGACAUACCCCUGGGAAUACACUUCGUUUACUACAGUGCUGUGAAUUCAGAUUGUUUGUCAGGUCAACGUGUUGGAUUUAUAACAAACUUUGAUCAACCUGGCUUCAUUGUGAAGAAGUGGCGGAGAGACGAAGAGGAUUUCAUUGAUGUUGCUCCAUCUAGUGAUGAGAUAGAGCGUUUAUCUUCAAAUCUAACUGAGAUUUCUAUGUAUUUGGGGCGAUAUCCUACAGAGUCGUACAGGGAUUGGAUUUCAUUAUCUAACUUCAUAACAGCAACUACCUUAAAUCGUCUUGUUCCUCGUUGUGGUCGUCUGUAUUCCUGUCCACACUUCUUAUCUGUAUCUUCGAAUACACAAGGUCGUUUAGCUCUUAAAAAUAUCGGUACCACUAAUUGUUCACCAAAUACAAAUCCUGAAGAUCUCCUACCAAAUUUGAAGGUUAUUCCUGGUACAGAAGUACGUUUUACAUCACUUCCGCCAAAACCAUUGUAUCCAUCCGCCUCAUCUGCAGCUGAAAUAACUGCACAUUGUCUGGAUCAAACUUACACUCUUAAUGCUAUUCUAGACGUGAUCUCGUCUAACGUCAAUUUAGGGAUAAAUAAUACUGUCAGCAAGGAUCCUGACUGUACGCGUGAAUUGCUUGCUGAAUUUCAAUUCGCUUUUCUCAAUUUAUUACUAAUCCAUUCAAUAGAAGGCUGGGAACAGUGGCGUCGUAUAUUUCAGUUGCUUGCUAGUUGUGAAAAAGCAAUUUUUGAGUAUCCCCAAAUGUAUAUUGAUUUCAUCACGGUACUUUAUCAUCAGUUAAAUAAUGCGAACAAAUCAGAAGUGACGAAUAACCACUCAACUGUGGAAUUACUAGACCUUUUCUUCUCUGAAUCUUCGAGCUCAUGUACGCGUGAUAGGUUAACGGAACCAGGAUUUCUUCCAACCAUGCUUGGACGUCUUUUCAAGAACAUUCAUUCUGUUUGUAAGUGUGAUGUUGACAUAUCGAGUGCUGAUGAAACAAGCAAUAAAUUAAAAAAUCUUCUUGAACGAGCUGUUGGCUUUUCCCACAGUAUAAAAGAGAAGUUUAAAUGGGAUGUAAUCCGUUCUUCUCAAAAGCAUACUUCAGACAUAACUGAAAUACCUGUUGAAGAAUUUGACUGGGAUGGGAUGAAGCUCCCGUCAUUGUACAUUUAUAGACUGAAAAGAUAA